UGUAACGGAUCGGCACAGAGCAGGAGAAGAUGUCUCGUGUUGGAAAGAAGAGAAAGCUGGACCAAAGUGGACAGGACAAACUUUACUUUGACAGUUACUCUGAUGUGACGAUUCACGAGGAGAUGAUAGCUGACCACGUGCGCACAAAUGCAUACCGGAUGGCCAUAUUAAGGAACAGUGAGUCCAUCCGAGGGAAGGUGGUGCUGGAUGUGGGUGCAGGGACAGGUGUGCUUAGCAUGUUUUGUGUGCAGGCGGGAGCGAGGCGGGUGUUCGCGGUGGAGGCGUGCUCGAUCGCCGAACAGGCAGCGAGCAUCGUCCGACAGAACGGCAUGGAGGACCAGAUCCAGGUGAUACGGGGCUCGGUGGAGACGGUGGACUUACCUGAGCAGGUAGAUGUAAUCGUAAGUGAGUGGAUGGGUUACGCUCUCCUGCAUGAGUCCAUGCUGAACUCGGUGCUGCACGCGCGAGACAAGUGGUUAAAACCGGGUGGGCUGAUCCUGCCGAACAAAGCCGAACUGUAUAUCAGCCCCAUAAGUGACCCAGUGCUGGAGGACCGGCUGAGCUUCUGGUUCACAGUGAAGGACCGGUAUGGAGUGGACAUGUCCACAAUGUUUGACUUCGCGAGGAAAUGCAUCAUGAACUCUGACAUCAGUGUGACCUCGGUGCACGUGGAAGACGUCCUCUCUCAUCCCGCGCGCUUCGCUGAGCUCGACCUGAACUCUGUGACUGUUGACGACCUGAGAUCGGUUACAGGAAACUUCACAUGCCGGUCUUUUGGCUCUGCUGCCGUCAGCGGCUUCUGUGUGCAUUUUACGGUCACAUUCCCGUGUCCGGACAGACCGCUGGUGCUAUCCACGUCCCCGUCCACGUCGGAAACGCACUGGAAGCAGGCGGUGCUGUAUCUGGACGCUCCUGUGGAGGUAGUCCAGGACACUGUGCUUAGUGGAGAGGUGCGCAUGUUUCCCUCUGAGGAGAGCGCGAGACACAUCUGUAUCAACGUGGACUACACGAUAGGAGAGCAGAAGAGACAGACCAAGACCUUCUCCAUCCCAGACUGGAGCAGUGAAAGCAACACUCAGUGAGGCCCUCAGGGCCACAGCAAAAAACAAACAAACAAAAAAACCCACUGAAAAAGGUUCUGAGCUGUUAACACUAUGGGUUGUGUUCACUAACUGAUGUGAUAGUCUUUUAGAUUUUUUUUAAUUGAUCUAAACCUAAACGUAUUCAGGCUGUGCAUCAGUGAUUGUACUGGCACAGACUCAUAUAUCCUGUUACAUUCAGUCACUUAUGGAGAAUUUUGUGUUUAGAAAUUGAUUUUGAGGAGCCUGGAUGUUACUUGAAGUACCCUAAAUAACCGAUAAUGCAGGUGAUGGGGAAUCACAAUUCCCACACUGUUAAGCCUUACCAUCAGACCAGUUAAUGUGAUGUCUGUGCUUGUGUUAAUGCCUAAUAAAUGACUGAAUCCAAAUCUAAAUACAGGAAAAUACCCACCAUAAAACCUGAUUUAUAUGUUUCAUUCAAAAACAGGGUUUCUGGUCUUUCAAAAGUACAAAGUUUUACAUUGGACUUUUGAAAUUUAAGGCCAUAAAAAGUUGGAAAAAGUCAAGGGGUCUUACAUUUUAGAAGGCACACUAACAAAGCCAUGUCUUUAUCUAGUCUUCCUCUUUUUCUUUUUUUCUUUUUUUUUGGUCCAGAUGAAGUCAUUCUUUUUGAAGUUAAUUGUAACAUUUUUGUCUAUGUUGUCUAUGCCCUGAGUGGUUAAAUUUUAGAGAAAAUAGCGAUCUUAUCGUAACAAGUCAGCGUAUUAGUGUGUUAUAGCAUUGUACCCCUGGAGGCAUCACUAUGCUCAUUAUGGCUUAAGGUACACCUAAGAUCAAGCCAUAAUCUCAAGGCACACUGUAUCCAUUCCCAUACAAACACACAAGUGAAGUUGUAUAGGUUUAAUAAUAUAUGCUUGUACAAAUGACCAUGGCACACCAAUUCUUGUGUCGUGCCUUGCCACAGCAUUUGAGAGCCACGGUUCAAUUGAUAAACACAGAAAAUCGAUAAUUAGACGACAAAAACAAUACAAAUCAUCUGAAAAGCUACAAAUCCAGUCACUGCUGCAGUCAGGGUUACUUAGGUUUUCAAACUUAAAAGUGUAUCUAUAAAGAAUGUUUUAAAAGUCACCUUUUGCAACAUUAUCAACAUAAUCCCUUUUUUUUUUUUUGGUGAAAUCUGUAAUUGCACUUUUAAAUGUGUGACUUCAGGCAAGGUUAGCUUUAGAUAGUCCUUGUUUUUAUGUGUUGAGGCAGGCUUCUCUAAUGCGAUUUUUUUUUUUUUUAAUUAAAUUACUAAUUUUAUGACCAUGUGGGAAAAUUCAAACUCACUAGACUGGGAGCUUUAUAAAGGAAAUACUGAUCUAUCAUCAGUGACCUUGUAUUUCUAAGUGAAUCUCCACCACAAAUAAAUAUUCAAAAUUCAGGAAAUUAAUUGGAUUCUCAAAUUUUCCUGAGGGAGGACCCAAGAUCCUUCUUAAAUAUAUAUUGACCACUUUGAUUACAUAAAGCUUGUGCUGGUGUUCUUGUAAACUAGUCCAGAGACCCAAAGCCUAAAGGUUAUCAAGUUUUCUUCUUAAAAAUAAUGCCUAGUGAAAGUGAUAUUCUCCCUCUUAAUAAUUAGAUCUACUCUGAUUAAAAUCAGUUUACAGUUUAUUGAUAGAAUAGAGGAUUUAAAUAAUAAGAAAUAAUCAAAGUUGGGCCUUUAUGACUGAAAAUUUCCACUGUCCCACACAAUUUGACAUGUAAAAAAUAGAAUAUUAAAUUUGAAAAUUCAAUCCUGGUGCAGUGUCUGAACUCUCAACCGCCUCUUAUUUUUGCCGGCAAAAAGUAGCAUUAAUUUUCCUCAGUUUAGAUCAUAAAAAGUCUUCAAUUUGAUGUUUAAAAGUGUGAAGCAACCCUGACAAAGUCAGUCUAUUCAAACCUCCGAAAGUUUCCCGUUUUUCUGUAUAAAAAUGAAACGCUGGCAUCAUAAAGUUCUGUUUUAGUCUAGGUCAGCAGUGAUCUGCUGCAGAAGUGGUUUAAAAUUUCAUGACAGAAAAUACUGCAUUAACGGGCAAAUUCUCAUAAUAAAUCAGAUCAAUUAAGUAUACAAAAGUAAGUAAAUCAAGUUAAAUACUCAUCAAAAUCAUUGACUUGCAUAGUUUUAGUUCAUCAGUUAUUUUUUUGUGAUUGUCACAGGAAACAAGCAUAUUCAUGUCUACUUUUUUUUGUUAAACAAGUGGCCCAAAUUAAAGUAACAUGUUUAAACAUUGACAGGAAUAGACUCAGCCUGAAGUCUAAUGGCAGAAAGUUCAAACACUGAAGCCUCAAACUUGAACCUCUUUGUGUGUAUUUUUGUUUUUUGUGUAUUUCCCUGUGUUGCUUUUUUCCAUUGUUAGAAAGUUAAAAAGAGUAAAGUUGCUAAAAUGUUACAGUGAAACAGUCAAAACCUCAUUGGUCAUGUUUUUGUUGAUUUUAUUUUCUUUUUUUUUUUGAAACGAUGAAAGAUGAAGAAAGAGCGUCAGUAUCUGAAUUGUUUGUCAAAUUUUUGCUCAUUUUUCAUUUUGAAACAUUUCAUUAAAGGCAUAACUCAAGUUCAGCUCGUCAAUCACUGCAUCAUAAUUUGAUUGUUUUUUCUUUUUGAGUGAAGAUUGAGUAAUCAAGAAUUAAAUGUAAUUUCAGAAGUGUCAAAAUAAUGUUUUUAUAGUCUUGUCAUAUGUAGAAAUCUGAAUCUGCAUCACCCAGGUGUACACUGUUUGUAGGAGCCACUUCAGAUAUUUCCCUUCAUUGUUCUUAACCUGACAGAUUUUAUAAACCAUUUAUAUAUGAAAAAUGCAUCAGUUGUUUAAUAAAUUAUUCAUUUGGUCUAAAAAUAUCUGAUAAAAGUAAAAUGACUCUUCUCUUUUUAGCUUCAAAUGUUGCUGAGACCAAUCAAAACCCCACAGAUUGUCAAUGUUCUGUUUAAAAUUAGAUAAUUUAUUGCCCAUUUCACUGUAUUACAAAGAAAAAGACUAUCAUUGCAGUCAGAGU